GAGGACAAUGGGGAUAAGGAAGCCUAAAUCCUUAUUCAACCAUCUCCCCACAGAGCUUCAAACAAAAAUCUUUGGUGGGCUAUCUAUGAAGGAUCAAUCAAAGGCUAUGUGUGUCUCGCACUCAUGGCGUAAUCGCAUCCUAACCACAACACUUCCAAAGGAGUAUCCAUUACAACCUUUGGUGUUUCCUCACCUUUCCCCUCACCCAUUUUAUGGCCUACAACAAUUUUUUAAUUGGUGCUCAUUAGUGAUGUGUUGCAAUGUAAGUUCAAGAAAUAUUAUAGACACAUGCAAUGGGUUAUUCUUGUUUUGCCAUAAGGAUGGUCAAGCUAGGAAUAUUGUGCGUGGUGUCUACCACUACUAUGUCAUGAAUCCUAUAAGAAAACAAUGUGUGGCUAUUUUGAAGCCUUCUGGACAAUUUUUUGGAGGAAAUUCAUAUGCUGCUCUGGUAUAUGACCCUUCAGAAUCUUGGUUCUUCAAGAUUGUACAUUUUCAGGAUCAUGGCCAUAUUAAUAUUUUCUCCUCUAUGACCGGCCUUUGGACGACCUUGACUAUCAAUUUUCUUCAAUAUAUCAAUGAGUCUUACUGGGUCAGGAAAUCGGUUUAUCUAAAAGGAUCUAUUUACCGACUCUCCUGUUCAGGACAAUAUUUAUUGAAAAUUAAAGUUGAUCCUCAAGAGAAUGCCUCGAAUCAAGCUGAGAUAAUAACACUUCAUCCUGAUUGUGUUUUUGAUAAUUGUCAAAGGGAGAUAAAUCUAAAAGAUGGCAAGAUCUUAUUGGUCUCAUUUAGAGGUGUAAAUUUUGUUUGUUUUGAACUCGUUGAAUGUGUUACAAUGGGUGUUAGCUCUUAUACAUGGCACACAAUUCAUCGAAAAGUGAAUAGGAAGUUGUUGAUUCUUAAUACCAAUGGCGACCUCUUGUCCUUUAACUCUUAUGGUGGAGUUGCAUUUUUCAAGUUUAGAAACCUUCUAUAUUUCUACUACUAUGAAUUCAAUGGCAACGGCACAAAUUUUGGAAUGGUAUCCUACGACCCAAGUGUGUACGAUUAUAUAAUAAAUUGUGGUCACUUGUUGCUCAAAUGCUUAGCCCCUUUUGCAUGUUGCUUGGACAAAGAGAAUCCAAGACUUAUUCAGCGGCUAUUCGUGCCAUGCUAAAAGGUGGUUCUUGACUAAGUGAAAACAUGUCGAAAGG